AUGUUAGACCAGGGUUUACAGGCUUCGUUUAUAACAGAGUCUGCAGUUCAAUUACUUGGACUGAAGAAAAUUGCAAGCAAAAGUAAUGUUUCGGUAUUAGGAAGUGACAGGAGCCCUUCAGUGGUUUCUAAGUAUAUAGUUUUUAUCCAAUUGCAAUCACUUCUUGAUACCAAUUUUGUUGUUCGAGUAAAAGCUCAUGUGUUAGACAAACUGACCAACUGUCUUCCUAGUAAGAAAGUGGCAGUUCAAUUGUGUCCAAAGUUUACACAAUUGUCGUUGGCUGACCCUACCUUUGCUACUCCCAAUAAAAUUGAUCUUUUGCUCAGUGCAAAGGUGUACAGUCAAAUUAUAAAGCAGGGCCUAGUUAAAGAUUCGAACAGUUGCCUUAUAGCGCAAAAUACAUCUCUGGGAUGGAUAAUAUCCGGAGAAACUGAUGAAGGUGAAGAUGUUGGGACGAUUAUUUGUAAUACAAAUGUAACUAUGCAUGUUCAGAUAGAAGAAGAUGAUAAGCUUUUGAGGAAAUUUUUUGAAAUAGAAGCCGAACCUUCGUUAGUUAAAGCAAAGAAACAUUUAACGGAAGAGGAACAGCUAUGUGAAUCAAUAUAUUCAAGCACGACUAAAAGGGAUUCUUUUGGUCGUUAUAUAGUAAAGCUGCCAUUCAAAGAAUACAGUCCACAAUGCUUAAAUGGAAACUCAAAAGAAAUAGCACUUAGAAGAUUAUAUUCAUUAGAACGUAAAUUAGACAAGGAGAAAGAUUUGAAAGAAAAAUAUGCAGAGGUAUUUGCUGAAUAUCUAAGUCUAAAUCAUAUGGAGAUUAUUCCACCUGAAGAACAUAAAAGCUCCAAAGGUUUUUAUUUACCACAUUUUGCUGUGGUGCGCAACGAUAGAAGUACAACAAAAGUACGUAUUGUCUUUGACGCAUCGUUCCCAGGAUCCAACGGUGUUUCUUUAAAUCAAGACUUAUUGGUUGGUCCCACAUUACAGGAUGCCUUGAGACAUAUUUUAAUGAGAUGGCGGGCACAUCCUGUAUGUAUUUCUUCUGAUAUUGUGAAGAUGUAUCGUCAAGUUCGUGUAUCUUCAGAAGAUGUUGAUUUUCAGCGUAUUCUUUGGCGUGAAGAUUCUGCUUCUGAGGUGCAACAUUAUCGACUUUUGACAGUUACAUUUGGUACAUCGUCAGCUCCAUAUUUAGCAAUUCGCUCAUUACGUCAAGUAGCUUAUGACGAGGGUGUUCAUUUCCCAAUAGCUGCAAAAAAAGUGUUGUCAGACUUUUAUGUUGAUGAUUUGAUGUCAGGAUGUGAAAAUUUUAUAGAAGGUCAACAGCUAUAUACUGAAAUGAAACAAUUGCUUAGAAAAGGAGGGUUUGAAUUACAAAAGUGGACAAGCAAUGAUAAAAAUCUAAUGAAGUGGAUAGAAAACGAAGAAAAACUUGGAGAUAAAAGUAUGAAAGAGCAAAUAAAAGAUAAUAGGAACAGUUAA